UGUGCUCGAUUGCAGCGCUAAAAACAGUCGUCCUUCAUGCCAAUUGCCAACGCCUUCCUUUCCCUUGGGGCCUUGGGCUGUUGUUUAGUUUUUUAGAAGCUGUAUUUUUUGGCAGCAAGUGUCCAGCAAUUACCUAUAUAUAAUUAUAAUGCCGCAAACGCUGCAGAGUAAACUAUUAAAUAAGAAGUUGAGAAAAGUGUUAGAUAAGAAAAAAGAACUUACUGUGAAUGAUGGAACUGCUCACUUGCCAUCCUCGUGUAAUGGCACCACAAGCAGAACAUAUGCAAGCAUUGAGCACCUGCUGGCUCCCCCACUGUACCAGGCCAUCAUGAAGAUGGGCUUGACGCACCUCACGGAGAUUCAAAGCCGCGUGUUUGAUCUUCUCCUCACAGGACAAGACAAACCUUCUAUCAAAGCAAUUGCCAAAACUGGUUCAGGCAAAACUUUGGCAUAUUUAAUACCUCUAGUGCAACUAUUACAAGAUUUAAAUGUUGAUGCAUCAACAGGUACUGUGGCUAUUGUAGUGUGCCCCACCAGAGAGUUGGCCAUGCAGACAUAUGCUGUACUCAAUGACCUCAUGCAGUUCUGUAAACAGCGCCCUGGUAUGGUGCGUGGUGGCGGUGUCAAGAAGGAUGAAGCUAAACAGUUAUACUGGGGAUGCAGCAUUGUGGUUGGCACACCAGGCAGGCUGAUUGAUCAUCUCUAUAAUUCAGAAGGUUUUAUUUAUAACAAAUUCCUUUCUUUGGUCAUUGAUGAAGCUGAUCGACUUUUUGAGAUGGGAUUUGAGAAAGAAAUGAAGAAACUUCUUGAUAAAUUGGGUCAAUCUGGUAAUGGUCAUCAGACGCUUAUGUUCAGUGCAACAGAUGACACCAAAGUUCAGAAGCUGGGCAGCCAGGCUUUCUACAGCAAUAAUAAAGGAGUGCCUGUACAAAUCAUUGACUUAAGGCUAUCACAAGAACAAGCCACUGUAGGGCAGUUGCAGCAAGAUUACCUAUUUUGCCCAAGUGAAAAAAGAUUCUUCGUUUUAUAUUGUCUACUGGAGAAUCUUCGUGCCAAGAAAGUGAUGGUGUUUGUUAACUCCCGCCACAGCAUUGCUCUCUACCAAACACUGCUGAGCAGUCUUCAUUUGCAGUGCCACUGCAUUCACGGCCAAAUGUCACAAGAGGAGCGCAACGUGAUUUUCAACAGGUACAACAGAGAAGGUCAGGGCGUACUGCUGUGCACGGACAUCGCAGCGAGAGGCUGGGAUAUUCCUGUAGUGGACAUCAUCAUCCAGUACGAUCCGCCUGAUGACCCGAGGGAAUACAUUCACCGCGUGGGGCGCACGGCGAGAGGAGGGCGGGAGGGGAAGGCGCUCGUCUUCCUUCGUCCCGAGGAGUUCGAGUUCGUGAACUUCAUGCGCGCGCACAACGUGCAGCUCACCGAGAAGACGGUCGUGUGGCCGCUGCUCGAGAAGUACCAUGCUCAAGAUUACGCUAAGAUGCAGGAGCUAGUCGAUCGCAAUGGCUUCAUGAAGACCCUAGCCAAGACCGCUUUUACGUCGUACAUCCGCUCCUAUCUCUCGCAUGGCAUCAAGUACAUCUACAAUAAGAACAACCUCGACCUCAACAACGUUGCAAGGAGUUUCAUGUUGAAGGAAUCCGUAUUCAAGAGCACUCAUGACGCCAUGGAAUUCCAAACCAAACGUGAGAAGAAGAAAGCCUUUGGAAAACAAGCUUUUAAAAAGCCUUAUGAUAAGAGAUCAUAAUAAAGCUGUACUUUUA